AUGUUGACGGUCGAGAAGCAGUGGAUUAAUGUGCAGCAAAAGACCUUCACCAAAUGGCUGAAUGACAAGCUGAAGGCACGGAGCCUGUCCAUCGACGACUUGGUCACUGACCUCUCCGACGGCGUCAUUCUCAUUCACCUCCUAGAAAUCCUGGGAGGAGAGUCCUUAGGCCGAUAUGCGUCGAAACCGAAACUGCGCGUGCAGCGAUUCGAAAAUGUGAACAAAAGUCUCGAUUUCAUCAAGGGGCGCAGGAUCCAGAUGACGAAUAUUGGCGCCGAGGAUAUUGUGGAUGGAAACCAAAAGAUCAUCCUGGGGUUGAUCUGGACCCUUAUUCUACGAUUCACGAUCAGCGAUAUCAACGAGGAGGGCAUGACCGCAAAGGAGGGCUUGUUAUUGUGGUGUCAACGAAAGACGGCUUGCUAUGAUGAUGUAGAGGUCCGUGACUUCUCUUCCAGCUGGAACAACGGUCUGGCUUUCUGUGCGCUGCUGGAUAUCCACCGACCCGACUUGAUCGACUACGAAUCCCUCGAUAAGAGCGACCACCGCGGAAAUAUGAAGCUGGCCUUCGAAAUCGCAUCCAACGAGAUUGGCAUUCCCGACCUACUCGAUGUGGAUGAUGUGUGUGACGUUCCGAGACCAGAUGAGCGAUCUCUCAUGACCUACAUCGCGUACUGGUUCCAUGCUUUCUCGCAACUGGAGAGGGUCGAAAAUGCCGGGCGACGAGUUGAGAAGUUCGUGAACAACAUGCACGGCGCAUGGGAGAUGCAGAACUCAUAUGAGCGCCGGGUCAAGGAGCUCUUGCGAUUGAUUCGCGGUCAACGCGAUCACUGGAAGGGAUCUUCCUUUGAGGGAACCUACAAGGAUGUCAAGGAACAGGCUUAUCAGUUCUCGCUUUACAAGCGCACAGAGAAGCGCCAAUGGGUAGCCGAGAAAUCUGACCUGGCUGCUUUGUUGGGUAAUAUCAAGACCAAACUGGGCACAUAUCGACUCCGUCCUUAUGAUCCACCCCAUGAACUGAGCCCGGAGAACUGCGACAGAGAAUGGGAGAUCCUAACUAGAGACGAGCAUGAGCGCAGCCAGCUGAUCAACGAAACUAUUCGUGACAUUAAGAACAAGCUGCGCCGCUCCUUCGCUGACAAGGCGAAUGACUUUGCGCUGACGCUCAAGACUUUGUCGCUAGCGAUCUCGGGACUGGAUGGCGACGUUGAAGAUCAAUUAGAUCACGUUCAGAGGCUGAAUGACAACCUACCGCCCCUUGACGCUUUCUUGGAUACCAUCGCAGAACUGGAUCAGCAAUGCGCGGAAGCCAAUAUCGAAGAGAACGACUUCACCACAUAUACCCUUGAUGAACUUGCAUAUGAAUUGAGUCUCGUCAAGUCGAGCAUUUCAAAGAAGCUGGCUUUCCUCGACAACCAAAUGGUUGCUCGCAGUAUGACCAACUUGACACCCAUUCAACUGGAGGAAUUCGAGUCUGUUUUCCGCCACUUCGAUCGCGACGCUUCCAAUACUCUUCACGAACUUGAAUUCUCAGCGGCACUGGCUAGCUUGGGACUGGUUUACGACGAAGAAGAAAUGCACCAGGUCUACGUUGAAGUCUGUGGGCCCAACCGCCUAUCACAGAACGCUGGUGUCAGUUUCGAGCAAUUCAUUCGAUUCAUGGUCAGCGUCACCGAGGAUCAAAAUACUGCUGAGCAGGUCUUCCAGAGUUUCAAGGAAGUUGCAGAUGGAAAGCCCUAUGUCACAGAACUUGACCUUCGCCACUCACUCAUCCCUGACGAAGUGAUUGAACAUCUUGUCAAGACGAUGCCCUCGCAUGAUGGACCCGAUCUCCUCGAGGACCGCGAGCUGGCAAAGUAUGACUACAUCAGUUUCAUGGAGAAGAUGCGGGAAGAAGGUAAAAGAAACGGCGAUCAAUAG